AUGGGCAAACAUGGCCAAGACGCCAAGUCCUUCUACGAAGUACACGUGACCGAGCCAGGAUUGUUGCAUUUAUCUCAAUCGCUGGGUCAGAGGGUGUUUGAAGUUCUAUUACCACGAUACCAAUACAACGCCACUGUCUACAAUAUCAAGCUCGCUGAUUGGAAGACCGGGAAAUUGGACAAUUCGCGCUUGUUCUGUCGCAGAUCGCAGUCAAGCCAUGGAUGCACCGGUAGUGACGAUCCCGCCACUGAGUGA